AUGCAGCUGCUGCUGCUCUGGCUAGAGGUGCUAAUUUUUCACAGUGAAUGUUCACGAGUUUUACACUCUCAAGAGAAAGGUAGACCAGAAGUAAUGAUACCCUUGAAGAUAACAGACUCUGACAGUAGCAAGAAGUCUUCAGAGUGGGUCUCUUACAGCAUGAAGCUUGAUGGCCUUAGAGAAGUUGUCCACAUAAAAGUCAUUAAACAUUUGUUGGCCAGGAAUAUGCCAGUGUUCACCUACACUGAUCAGGGUACUCUCCAUCAGGAACAUCCUUUCAUCCAGAGCAACUGCUACUAUUAUGGUUACGUGGAAGCGGACCCAUUUUCUCAUGUUUCCCUCGAUACCUGUUUUGGGGGAUUUCAAGGAAUUUUACAGAAAAGCAACACUGUUUAUAAAAUCGAGCCAAAGUUAAAUUCAACCACAUUUGAACAUCUGGUAUACAAACUGGUCAGUGAGAAGAAAGAGUUCCCAGCCAGGAGAUUUGGAUUAACAGAUGAAGAAUCUCAAUGGGAAUUCAAGAUUAAAAGUAAUGACCAAUUAAUCACUUCUGAGCAGAGUCAAACUAUGGGCUGGUGGACCCACAAACGAUAUUUUAAAUUAGCAUCUGUAGUUGGUCAUUUAUUGUAUCGUGACUAUCAAUCUAAUAUCACUUUGACAAUUUCUUUAGUAAUGUCUUUAUUGAGCAAAGUAAGUAGAAAUUAUAUGCAAUUUGAUUUAACAGUAAUUUUAAUGGGCAUUGAAAUCUGGACUGACAAACUUCAUAUAUUAUAUAGCUCAAACCAAGCGGAAAUUAUACAUUCAUUUGAACUGUGGAAGAAACGAAAUUUUAACCAACUCAUUUUACAUAAUGUAGCAGUAUUAAUUUACCGUGCAGAGAACCAGAAAUAUGAAGGCUAUGCUUAUCCAGGGACUGCAUGUAGAAGCUUCUGGAAUUCAGCUAUACUUUGUGUUAAAAAAGAUAAUACCAUCGAUUAUACUGCAUUUAUAUUAACAAGAGUAAUUGCUACUACUCUUGAUAUUAAUAUCGAUACUGAGAACUGUGCAUGUGGGCUAUUAGGCGAUUGGUGUAUUAUGAAUGAUGGAAACAUAUUCUCAAUUAUCUUCAGUAACUGCAGCUACAGUGAUUAUUAUAAGGCAUAUCUAAAUUGCCUGUCAAUUCCACCACCUAGAGAGGAAAUUGCAGUACUGAAAGCCUGUGGGAAUGGUAAGGUUGAAGAAGGAGAAGAUUGUGACUGUGGCACGAUUAGUUCCUGUGCAAAUGAUACAUGUUGUGAGACAAAUUGCAAAAUGGCACCGGAGGCUGUUUGUGCUUUUGGACUUUGUUGCAGGAAAUGUAAUUUUUUGCCAGCAGGAACAUUGUGUAGAAAAGAGGAAAAUGAAUGCGAUCUUCCAGAAUGGUGCAAUGGAACCUACCAUGAGUGUCCUGAGGAUGUUUAUGUGCAGGGUGGGCUCUCAUGCAAAGGCGGUGGAUUUUGUUAUGGAAAGAGAUGCAACAACCGUGAAGAACAAUGCAGAGGCAUUUUUGGAAACCAAGCUAAGAGUGCAAGUCUUACUUGCUACAUAGACGUCAAUAGUAAAGGUGACCGCUUUGGUAAUUGCGGUUUUAAUACUACUUUUUAUAAGCCAUGCCCUCUAAAGGAUUCUCUGUGUGGAAGGAUUCAGUGUGAGAAUAUAGAGACAAUUCCUUUUCUGCAAAAUCACCUUACCUUUAUUUCAACUAAUAUUAAUGGUCUCCAUUGCUGGGGUGUUGACUACCAUUAUGGGGCAUACACACCUGAUGUUGGUGAAGUAGUAGAAGGUACUGAAUGUGGAGAAAAUCAUAUUUGUGUUGAACGACACUGUGUCCAUAUCUCAUACUUCACAACACAUUGUGAUCCUAUGAAAUGCAAUAUGCAUGGAAUCUGCAACAAUCGACAUCACUGCCACUGCAAUCCUGCUUGGGGACCACCCUAUUGCUAUGAAAUGGGUGUGGGAGGAAGUAUUGACAGUGGCCCACCACCUGCAAGUUAUUUUCCUGAGGCUCAAAACUCAACUCUAUUUGAAGUUUUACCCACUGAUUUUUAUCUUCUUCUGCAAUUGCGUUUUAUGAAUGGGGCGCUCUGGGGAGCUUUGGAUCUGGGGCUGCUGCCUCGACAUCCUCAGCCAGAGGGGCUGUGGGAGCUCCAGCAGCGAGCUAGAGCUAGCGGGGGGAGGGGUGUCCGCCCUGCUAGCUGA